CCGAGCGGCGGCGGUGGCUGUGGCGGCGGCGCUAGGUCCAGGGCUGAGUUAUCCGGGAGGCCGCGGGCUCAGACCACUUUCUCCCGCCGCUCGAUAGAGUGGACCCCCUGCUUUCUUCCUGCUUGUUCCUUCUUCCCUCCUCGGCUCACCUCGACCGCUGGGCUGCAAAUAGAGUCCGCGUCCGCUUUGCAGAUUUCCAUGAAGACAACUUACAAGGACCUGAAUGGCUUCGUUUUAGUUGCUUCAGUGUGUGGAGCUAUUACUUGCUCCUUCAUUUUUUGUGCCUGGUGUGACUGUGGCCACUAAGCACCAUGAAGGUUGUGCCAGAGAAGAAUGCUGUCCGGAUACUCUGGGGCCGAGAACGGGGCACCCGGGCCAUGGGAGCUCAGCGGCUUCUGCAGGAGCUGGUAGAGGAUAAAACCCGGUGGAUGAAAUGGGAAGGCAAAAGAGUAGAACUGCCUGAUAGUCCACGCUCUACCUUCUUACUGGCCUUCAGUCCUGACAGGACUCUUUUGGCCUCCACUCAUGUGAACCAUAAUAUCUAUAUUACGGAGGUGAAGACUGGCAAGUGUGUUCAUUCUCUAAUUGGGCACCGCCGUACUCCAUGGUGUGUCACUUUUCAUCCCACCAUCUCAGGCCUUAUUGCUUCUGGCUGCCUAGAUGGGGAGGUUAGGAUUUGGGAUUUACAUGGUGGUAGUGAAAGCUGGUUCACAGAUAGCAACAAUGCCAUCGCCUCCCUGGCUUUCCACCCUACCGCUCAACUCCUACUCAUUGCCACUGCAAAUGAGAUCCACUUCUGGGAUUGGAGUAGAAGGGAGCCCUUUGCUGUGGUGAAGACAGCUAGUGAGAUGGAAAGAGUCCGUCUGGUGAGGUUUGAUCCACUUGGACACUACUUACUCACAGCAAUUGUUAACCCUUCUAAUCAGCAGGGUGAUGAUGAGCCAGAAAUUCCCAUAGAUGGAACAGAAUUAUCCCACUACCGCCAGCGUGCUCUCCUGCAAUCACAGCCAGUUCGCCGGACACCUCUCCUCCACAAUUUCCUGCACAUGCUGUCCUCCCGCUCCUCUGGCAUCCAGGUGGGAGAGCAAAGCACAGUGCAAGAUUCUGCUACCCCCUCACCCCCACCGCCUCCCCCUCAGCCCUCCACGGAGCGCCCCAGGACUUCCGCUUACAUCAGGCUCCGACAGCGGGUCAGUUACCCUACCACAGCUGAGUGCUGCCAACACCCUGGGAUCCUGUGCCUUUGCAGCCGCUGCGCUGGCACUCGAGUUCCUUCCCUCUUGCCACACCAGGACAGUGUCCCCCCUGCUUCUGCCAGAGCUACUACCCCUUCCUUUUCUUUUGUACAGACCGAGCCCUUCCAUCCCCUGGAGCAGGCCUCGUCAGCGCAGCAGGACCAAGGCCUCCUGAACCGGCCGUCUGCCUUCAGUACGGUCCAGAGCAGCACUGCUGGCAACACGCUCCGCAACCUCAGUCUGGGUCCUACCCGACGCUCUUUGGGAGGCUCUUUGUCUAGCCACCCUUCUAGGUAUCACCGAGAACUAGCUCCUGGGCUGACAGGAUCUGAGUGGACCCGGACAGUACUCAGUCUGCACUCACGCUCUGAGGCAGAAUCUAUGCCCCCACCUAGGACCAGUGCUUCUUCAGUGAGUUUGCUAUCUGUGCUGAGACAGCAGGAAGGUGGCUCUCAGGCAUCUGUAUACACUUCAGCCACAGAAGGGAGGGGUUUUCCAGCAUCAGGUUUGGCACCUGAGUCAGAAGGAGGGAACAGUUCCAGCCAAAACAACUCUGGCAGCAUUCGCCAUGAGCUUCAGUGUGACCUGAGACGUUUCUUUUUGGAGUAUGACCGGCUACAGGAACUGGACCAGAGCCUGAAUGGGGAAACUCCUCAAACUCAGCAGGCCCAGGAAAUGCUCAACAAUAACAUUGAAUCUGAGAGGCCAGGUCCUUCCCACCAGCCCACCCCGCACAGCAGUGAGAACAACUCCAACCUGUCCCGGGGCCACCUCAAUCGUUGCCGUGCUUGCCACAACCUCCUGACCUUCAACAACGAUACCCUGCGCUGGGAAAGAACAGCACCUAACUACUCAUCUGGGGAGGCUAGCUCCUCCUGGCAGGUCCCUAGCACCUUUGAGGGCAUGCCAUCAAGUGGCAACCAGUUACCACCUCUUGAGCGAACUGAGGGCCAAACACCUAGCUCCAGCAGGCUGGAGUUGAGCAGCUCUGCUAGUCCACAGGAGGAGAGGACUGUGGGGGUGGCCUUUAACCAGGAGACAGGCCACUGGGAAAGAAUUUACACCCAAUCCAGCAGAUCUGGAACUGUAUCACAGGAGGCCUUACAUCAGGAUAUGCCUGAGGAAAGUGCUGAGGAAGAUUCCCUUAGGAGGAGGCUGCUGGAGUCUUCUCUCAUUUCAUUAUCCCGUUAUGAUGGAGCAGGAUCCAGAGAGCACCCAAUUUACCCAGACCCAGCGAGAUUAUCUCCUGCUGCAUACUACGCCCAGAGGAUGAUCCAGUAUCUCUCACGGAGAGACAGUAUUCGCCAGCGCUCCAUGCGCUACCAACAGAACCGUCUCCGUUCUUCCACCUCCUCCUCUUCCUCAGACAACCAGGGUCCAUCAGUAGAGGGAACUGACUUGGAAUUUGAGGAUUUUGAGGACAAUGGUGACAGAUCCAGGCAUCGAGCUCCCCGCAAUGCCCGGAUGUCUGCACCUUCACUCGGACGCUUUGUUCCAAGGCGUUUUUUGCUGCCUGAAUACUUGCCUUAUGCUGGGAUUUUUCAUGAACGUGGACAACCUGGCUUGGCUACUCAUUCUUCUGUUAACAGGGUCCUGGCAGGGGCAGUGAUAGGUGAUGGACAGUCUGCCGUAGCCAGUAACAUUGCCAAUACGACCUACCGGCUCCAAUGGUGGGACUUCACUAAGUUUGAUCUUCCAGAAAUCAGUAAUGCCUCCGUGAAUGUGCUGGUACAGAACUGCAAGAUCUACAAUGAUGCCAGCUGUGACAUUUCUGCAGAUGGACAACUCCUGGCAGCAUUCAUCCCUAGCAGCCAGAGGGGCUUUCCUGAUGAAGGCAUCCUGGCAGUGUACUCCCUGGCCCCUCAUAACCUGGGGGAAAUGCUUUACACCAAGAGAUUUGGUCCCAAUGCUAUUUCAGUGAGCCUGUCUCCAAUGGGCAGAUAUGUAAUGGUGGGCUUGGCCUCCCGAAGGAUACUGCUGCACCCCUCCACAGAGCACAUGGUAGCCCAAGUCUUCAGGCUGCAACAGGCUCAUGGUGGUGAGACAUCAAUGAGGAGAGUUUUCAAUGUCCUUUACCCAAUGCCUGCUGACCAGCGGAGACAUGUAAGCAUCAAUUCAGCCCGUUGGCUGCCUGAGCCAGGACUUGGCCUGGUCUAUGGCACCAACAAAGGAGACCUGGUGAUCUGCCGACCAGAGGCCUUAAACUUUGGUAUUGAAUACUACUGGGACCAGCUGAAUGAGACCGUGUUCACUGUCCAUUCCAGCAGCAGGAGCAGCGAGCGGCCUGGAACCAGCAGAGCUACGUGGAGGACAGACAGAGACAUGGGUCUGAUGAAUGCAAUUGGGCUGCAGCCCCGGAAUCCCACCACCUCUGUGACAUCGCAGGGCACACAAACUCUAGCCCUUCAACUGCAGAAUGCUGAAACACAGACUGAGAGAGAGGAGCAGGAGUCAGGGACAGCAGCCACGGGUCCUGGGGAAGGUGAGGGCCCAGAGUAUGGUGCCAGUGGGGAGGACGCGCUCAGCAGGAUCCAGAGGCUGAUGGCAGAGGGGGGCAUGACCGCGGUGGUGCAGCGGGAGCAGAGCACCACCAUGGCCUCUAUGGGUGGCUUCGGCAACAACAUUAUUGUCAGCCACCGCAUUCACCGUAGCUCACAGACAGGCACCGAGUCUGGAGCUGCCCGCACCUCCUCACCCCAGCCCUCCACCUCUCGGGGACUGUUACCAGAACCUGGACAAAUGGCAGAGCGAGGCCUAAACCCCCGGACAGCCUCCUGGGACCAGCCUAGUACCUCUGGGCAGGAGCUACCCCAGCCAGCCCCACCCUCUUCCUCCCCUGUCCCUAUUCCUGUCCCCUCUCCCAACACUGAGGGACCAACCCUGCACUGCGACCUGACCAAUAACAGCUACCUUCCAGAAGGGGAAGCCGCAGGCCCCAGUGGGGAGCCACGGAACAGGUAGAGACAAAGUCUGCACUGCAGCCUCCCCUCAAGCCGCUGAGCAGAAGCCGGACCUCACAGCUGACUGGGAACUGUACAUGCAGAAGAGCUGCUGGCUACAUCAGGGAGCACGAUGAGUAGGAGGGCAGGAAUGAGGAAUCAGUAGGGAGGGACAGGCCACUAUGCAAGGCAUGCCUUGGGGGCUAGAACCUUCCAGGAUCUGAAGCCCAGGGAAGCCAAACUGCUAGAUCUGGUGAGAAGGAAGAAACAGUGGAUAUUUCUGCCAUGAACCCCUCCCUCACCCCCUUCUUCUAGGAUCAUGGGCUCAGGGGACCUGACCCUGGGCAGAAACCCAGAAGAGUGAACAGUCUUCCAGAUCUGGGCCACACUCUCCUAGAUAAAGGCCAGUGGGAUCGCUUUGGCCUGGCCCCCAGAAACCGCCUCCACCUCUGAGCCUUCCAGAGCUUCAGCCUCUUCAUCAUCUUGGCCCACAAAAAAAAAAA